GAAUGAGAACCGAGGUAGUAUUAGUCUGUUGAUGGUGCAGCUGAAAGUACAUUUUCAGCUAGAAGAGAACUCUACCGCGCUAUGGAGGUUGUCAAGAAUACUAACUGACCAUUCGCGUAGAUAGGUAUAUUGUAGAAUCCUCCGGGUUAAUCUUUUGAGAAAAACUUUAUCAUAAGGUAAUACCACAGACGGAAAGAAAUGGCAAUUUCUUGGAUUAACAAAGUCUGGAUCCUACUCUUAUUCAUUUUUGACAGCGCUCUGUGUAGUUAUUCCGAAGACCAAUGCAGCUGGAGAGGAAGUGGUCUGUCCCAGGAGCAAGGCAGUGUGGAGCAGAUCUCCCUUCACUGUUCUGAGGGUGCUCUGGACUGGCUCUACCCUAAGGGGGCGCUCCGCCUCACCCUGUCCCCCAGGUUACCCUCUGCAGCAGUGGGGCCAGGGGGCAGCAGCUCUGGCCUGAUCACAGCCUGUGUCAAGCCCUCAGAGGACUUCCAUGGGGCCCAGCUCUACCUGGAGAGAGACGGGGUCCUGGAGCUCCUGGUGGGGGACCGACUGGAGACCUCUCCCCCACCUCGGGUGCGUUGCUUCAGCCGCCUGCCUGGUGAGAAGGUGGCCCUCUUCCUGCAGGCCACACCCCACCAGGACAUCAGUCGCCGGAUCGCGUCCUUCCUCUAUGAGCUGCGAGGGGAUUGGACGGCACGCCUGUCACUGGACUCAAACCCCGUCAGCAGUAAUGAAGGUGCCUGCAGACCAUGCAACAACUCAGAGCUCCUUAUGGCCGUCUGCACCAGUGACUUUGUGGUGCGUGGUAACAUCAAGGCAGUGGACGAAGAUGGUGAGCUGCGGGCUGCUGUAAUCAAAGUUAGUGCCACCCGAGUAUUCCGCCAGAAGUACGCCCUCUUCACCGGCAACAGCCGCCUGACCCGCUCUGGCGAGAUCAGGACCCUACUUCAGUGCGGUGUCCGACCUGGGUCUGGCAGUUUCCUGUUCACCGGCCGCAUCCACUUUGGCGAGGCGUGGCUGGGCUGCGCACCCCGCUACAAGGACUUCCUCCAGGCCUACGCUCAGGCCAAGUUGGCCCAGGAGUUACCUUGUGAACUGGAUGUGGACUGAGCUGAACGGUUCUAAAUCUCGGCAGACUGCUCCCCUGAAAUGUGGCUGUCCUCUAAGGCAACCCAAGCUCGGUCAGCUCUCCCCUGACAAACCUCAGAGUGAAAAGUGGGGAAGAUGGAAGCCUAAACAAUGGUGUAGAUUUGGGCUGAUUACUGCCUUAAAGAUCCCUUUGGAUGCAAUUUUCCCCAAAGGACUGGAAAGUUGGGCAUGGACAUCUAGCACCGUUCCCUUUGCAAUAUGCAGUUCUGUGGAGAUAUGAAGGACACUGUGUACUAGAUGAGAUUAAAUCAUUUAGCACAGAACAGAUCUUCCAGAAGCAUCUUCCAGAAAUGUUUAUUUUGAAUAGUCUGAAAAUCCUUCCGCCACAACAAGCUACACUUUGUCAGGCAUAGAUUCAGAUUUAUUGAAGGUUACUAUGUUUUUUAAACUCAGGAAAAUGUGGGAAGGUGUUUUACAAUUUGUUUGAGGUUAGAUUUGCUGUCCCAGUGUUCAACCACAAGGUUAUGGUGUUUUUCUAAUGUUAUCUUCAAAAUGGCCACUCAUUUUCUUUUUGUUGGGGACAAGUUUGGAGAGUCUAUCAUUUUGUGUCCACACAUCUAUGAUUGAAACAAUCAAUGAUGGAUAAUUCUGGGUGUUACAAUUCUUUUAUUUGAUAUUAGGUAUUUUAUUUUAAUUUUAUUUUUAUCUUAAUUUGCACUGAUAAAAAAGGGAAUGAUCUGGAAAGUUGGAUGCUACAAGCACUGAAAACCAAAUGAAAAGCUGACUAUAUGUAGCAUAUAAGAGGAGUGAUCAGAACUUAAUAUAUGCACAGAAAUUGCUUGCGUAUGUUAGCACUAGGCUUGGGCUAGCGUGUGUUAUUGCUAGGCUAGAGCUAGCGUAUGUUAGCGCUGGAUUAUGGCUAGCAUAUGUUAGCACUAGCCUAGUUCAAGAAGAACAUGUUUAAGCUCUGCAAACUAGUGCUGAAAGCACUUUCACGAUAAUAGCCAACUCUUGAGAUUACACAGUCAAACAGGGCAUUUGUACCAUAUUGAACCCUGUAUAAAUAUUUUGUGGAGAUAGUUAUUAUACAGUUUAUUUUGCUAUUCAGUACUCUGUGAUAUAUCAGUUUAGUUAAACACUUUUGUUAUUUUUUGUAUGUUGAAACAUUGAUUUUUAAAUUGAUAUUUUGAUUUAAAAAUAAUUGUUUGAAACGUUUUGAUCUGAUCAUGGUGAUGAUGCAUCAGUAUUGCCCAUUACAGCCAUUUCGUAGCUAAUUCUACAAAUAAUUCUUCAUAAAAAUUCUUCCAAAACAUCUUGAUAAUUAGAUGCUAUUAGGCUGCUGGCCUUUAAAUUAAAGAUAUAAAGUUAAAUAACUGUAUUCAUGUAGAUUUGGCUGGAUCUUUUUUUUUACGUUUAUGGGACUGCAACUGUUGACUACAGCAAUGUUUUUCUCGUUAAAGUCCAAUUUGUUACUUUAUGUCUCAGAUCUAGUUGUAGCUGACUUACUUCCACAAGCAUUGGAUUUACAUACAUCCAAGCAUAAGUUGAUAGCCAUGUUGAGCCGUGACAACCUCAAAAACGAUUUAGUCCAAAUAUCAAUAAGGAAUUUUUGAAGCAAUAUAACAUGUAUUUGCAAGAUGGUAUUUUAACUAGCUUUGGGGAUAGCAGUAAGAAUCUCUGGACUAGUUUAGGGACGAAAACAGUGUGAGGGACGAAACAGGCUGUAUGUCAAUGGCCAAAAGAGACGCCAUGUGUCUUAUGUGCACUAAAUCGAUGAAGGGAGAGGGUAAUACCAAAUUAACAUGAAGUGCUGAAGUGAAAUACUGCCACGUUUGAUGAUAUUGUCAGUGGUUUCUAUGUGUGUGUAAUGUUCUGUGACACAAAUGUGAUUGUUAAUAUGUAUAUAAGAAAAUCUAGAAAAAAAAAAUACUUAUGGAGGAAAGAAUGAUUGUUUUUGUCUGUUGAGUGUUUAUGUUGUCUGUGAUAAAAAAGAAAGUCUAAAAACACAAAUGAAUAUGUAAUUUCUGUAAAGUUGCCUCUUUCACUAAAUUAAUAGUAAAGUUCU